CCAUCUUCCAUACAAUAUUGAAACCAUCAUUAUGAGGGAAACUUUCCGUGCUAUGCUUGUUCUAGUUGUUGUAUUGUUCUUUGAAGCUGCAGAGCUUUGUUCUAGUUGGAACACGAGCUUUAGCUUUAUAGAAAGGGAGAGAGAAGCCCUCUUGAAGUUCAAACUAUGUUUCCAUGAUCCAUCUCAUAUGUUGUCUUCUUGGAAAGGCAAUGACUGUUGUGAAUGGAGAGGAGUAGGCUGUGACAAAAAUAACAAAUAUGUUGUCUCACUUCAACUCAGGGGAUCAAUAUCUGAUCGUCUUUAUUCGUCCUUUAUUGAUGAUCAACAACCUCAAUUGUACUUGAUUGACCAUGUAGAGGAGGUUGUUUCAAGUUUGCUCAAGCUAAGAUACUUGGAACACCUGGACUUGAGCAACAAUAAUUUUAGUGGUAAUCUUAUUCCACCCUCCUUUGGCUUGAUGAAGCAACUGAGAUACCUAAAUCUCUCUUAUGCGCAAUUCAAAGGGAGAAUUCCUAGUGAACUUGGAAAUCUUACAAGGCUUCAUGUUCUUGAUCUUUCUCAUAAUUAUUAUGGGAGAUUGAAGGUUGAUGAUGACAUUCAGUGGAUUUCUCGUCUCUCCUCUUUGCAACAACUUGAUAUGAGUGGAGUAAAUCUAAGCCAUGCCUCAUCAAACUUGUUCCAGAUAGCAUCGGUCAACUUUCUAAGUUAGAAAGAAUAGACCUUUCUGACAAUCAAUUGAGUGGGAGUAUUCCAGAUAGCAUCGGGCAACUUUCUAAGUUAGAGAGCAUAUAUCUUUAUGGCAAUCAAUUGAGUGGGAGUAUUCCAAAUAGCAUCGGGCAACUUUCUAAGUUAGAGAGCAUAUAUCUUUAUGGCAAUCAAUUGAGUGGAAGUAU